AUGAGAAAAUGCGUGACUCGCAUUAAAACAACUUGUAAUAAAUAUUCAAUUAGGUAUAAUAUUUAUUUAAGAAAAUGGUCAAGUAAUGAAACUAAAAGGAUGUAUUCAACAUCCUUGUUAAAUUAUAAAGAAGAAGAAACUUAUAAAUAUUGUUGUGUUGUUCCUUAUAAAAAUGAUAAUAUUUUUACAUUAGAAAAAAUAUAUGACGAAAAAUAUAGGCAUGUUUUUAAAGAUAGCAAUAUAGAAAUUGAAUCUAAUUUAUAUUAUUUAUAUAAAUUACUAAUAAAUAGUAGAACUAUAGAACAAAUUCGUUUACAAGUGUAUAAUUCUUAUUGUGCUUAUGAAACUAAUUUUAUUAAUGAUAUGAAGAAAAUUGAUUGGAAUGCUUAUAUCCCAUUUAGUAGUAUUUUGAGUGAACCUCAAAUUAGUAUUACAAGUAUUAAAUCACGUUUAUAUCACACAUGUAUGAUAAAAAAUAUUAUAUUGAAUGUAAUUAAAAGACAACAACAAUUAUAUAUUGAAAAAAAUGGAGAUGAAAAUAUCUUGUUGAAAAAAAAAAAAUUAAUAUCAUCACAAUUAGCACCAUUAAAAAUUAAUGUAUUGUUUAAAUAUAAUGAAUGUAAAAUUCAUAUCAAUUUAAGUAAUAAUAUGAAUAUAAGAAUAUAUCAAGUAUAUAAAAAUCAACAAUCUUUAAAAAGUACUAUAAUAGCAUCAGCUAUUUUUAAAAUUAAUUUAUUCAAAUAUAUAAACAAUUCAAAGAAAAUAUAUAUAAUUGAUCCAUUUUGUAAUGACGGAACGACUUUAUUAGAAAUUCUUAGCAUUCUAUUACAUAUACCUAAUGGAUCUCCAAGUAUUGAUUAUCCUAUUUUUACAUAUCCCUUACAUUCUCCUUCUGCUUUUUAUAAUGUCUUGAAUGAAAUAAAUAUUCUGCCUUUGCAUGAUAUCUCACAAGUGUAUUUUCUAGGCAUGGAUGAGAAAAAGGAACAUAUAAAAAAUGCAAAUCAUAACUUAGACAAAUUUAUUGAAUCCAUUCCAAUAAGAAAUGAUAUAACAAGAGAUAAUAAUAAUAAUAAAAAUGAUAAAAAUGAUAAUAAUCAUAAUGAUAUUAAUGAUGACUCGGUUGAUGUAGACGAUUCAGGUGUACAUACCCUUAUGAAUGAUAUAAAACAUAAAACAUUAAACAAACAGAACAAUUAUAUUUACACAAAUAAGGAUAAUAACAUUAAUUUUGAUAACAACAUUAAUUUUGAUAACAACAUUAAUUUUGAUAACAACAAUGAUUGUGAUAAUCAUAAUUCUUCAGAUGAUAAUAUAAAAAAGAAAACAUAUAAACAACUCGAUUGCUUAAACACAGAACAAUUAAAAAAUCUUUUUGAUAAUAAAAGAAAAAAGAAAAAUAUAUCUAUAAAUAAUAAUUCCAUUUUAUCAAACAAUAUAAAGUUUUGUUCAUUUAAUUUUUUAAAAUUAAAAAAUGUUAUUGAAAAUUGUAUUAUUAUUACAAACAUUAUGAAUAUAGAAAAGAAAAAAAUAUUCAAAUUUGAGAGAAUAAUUCUUCGUUCAUAUAUUUUAAAUACAUAUGUAUUUGCAAACGAAAAAUAUAAAGAAAGCACUCAACUACAAUUUAGACUAAUAGCACGAUUUAUUUCGAAUGGUCAGAAUGUAAUAUUUUUACAACUAUUUAAUAAAACAAAAAGAAGUACAUAUGAAGAGUAUGAGGAUUAA